AUGGAUUCAAGAUCACUGAUUUUGCAACCAAAUUUGAUGUACUUGUUUCCAACAACAUUCACAUGUUAUGUCAAACUGAAACCUUCUUUCCAGCAUUUACAGCAAAAGGAACUAUCAUUGAAAUUCAGUAGAAGAAGGGUGGGAUUUUUGGGAAUCAUAACUCCCUUCAUAUUGGGUGGAGAAGACAUUUUUAGGACACAAAAUGCUAAUGCAUUUGAGUUUAGAUUUAUGGCCCCUGAUAUGACAGCAGAAGAGGCACUGGGUGGUGUGAGAAGUCAUGCACAAGAUUUGUUACAAGUUAAAGAUUUGUUAGAGUCAGAAUCAUGGGAAACAGCACAAAAAACUCUAAGACAGAGUUCAGCACGUCUGAAGAAGGAUAUAUAUCUCAUAAUCCAGAGCAAGCCUGGAAUUGAGAGGGCAGAACUGAGAAAGCUUUAUUCUACUCUCUUCAACAAUGUUACAAGACUAGAUUAUGCAGCAAGGGAUAAAGAUGGUCCUCAAGUUUGGGAGUGUUAUGAGAACAUUGUUGUGGCUGUGAAUGACAUUCUAUCCAGAAUAUAA